AUGUUGUCCGGCGUCCUCGUCUUCAAUCAAAAGGGUGAGAACCUAAUCUUCCGCGCCUUCCGAAACGACUGUCGUCCUCGUCUCGCAGACGUCUUUCGUAUCCAGGUCAUCUCCAACGCUCAAGUCCGAUCGCCCAUCCUCACCCUCGGAAGCACCACCUUUAGCCAUGUCAAGCACGAGAAUAUUUACCUGGUCGCCAUCACAAAGAGCAACGCCAAUGCUGCUCUUGUCUUUGAGUUUCUCUACCGGCUAAUUCAGCUUGGUAAGGGUUACUUUGGCAAAUUUGACGAGGAAGCUGUCAAGAAUAACUUUGUCUUGGUCUAUGAGCUGCUCGAUGAAAUCAUCGACUUCGGAUACCCUCAAAACACAGAAACCGACACCCUCAAGAUGUACAUCACUACCGAAGGCGUCAAGUCCGAGUCCCGAAAAGAAGACACAUCCAAGAUCACGAUGCAAGCCACUGGUGCCCUCUCCUGGCGCAAGGCAGACGUAAAGUACCGUAAGAACGAGGCUUUCGUCGACGUGAUCGAGGAUGUCAACCUGCUCAUGUCCGCCACCGGCGCUGUCCUGCGCGCAGACGUGACGGGUCAGAUCAUCAUGCGCGCUUACCUCUCCGGCACUCCCGAGUGCAAGUUUGGUCUCAACGAUCGCCUACUUCUCGAUAAUGACGGCCUUCUGAGCCUGCCGAGCGGAAACAAGAUGGGAACCAAGGCUACAAAGGCCGCUGCUGGAAGUGUCACUCUCGAAGACUGUCAGUUCCAUCAGUGUGUUAAGCUCGGCAAAUUCGACGCCGAUCGAAUUAUUAGCUUUGUCCCUCCCGACGGUGAAUUUGAGCUGAUGCGAUACCGUGCCACCGAGAACGUUAAUCUGCCUUUCAAGGUGCACGCCAUCGUGAACGAGGUCGGACGAUCAAAGGUGGAAUACAGCAUCGGUGUCAAGGCCAACUUUGGCUCCAAGCUAUUUGCGACAAACGUUAUUGUCAAGAUCCCUACACCGCUCAACACCGCAAAGAUUACCGAGCGCUGUACACAGGGCAAGGCCAAGUACGAGCCUAGCGAGAAUGUUAUCAUCUGGAAGAUUGGCCGCUUCACGGGCCAAAGCGAAUACGUCCUCAGCGCUGAGGCUAUACUGACGAGCAUGACGGAGCAGCGCGCGUGGAGUCGACCGCCGCUGAGCAUGAACUUUAGCUUGCUCAUGUUUACAAGUUCCGGACUGCUGGUGCGCUAUCUUAAGGUGUUUGAGAAGAGUAAUUAUUCGAGCGUCAAGUGGGUGCGGUACAUGACGAGGGCAGGAUCAUACGAAAUAAGUUUCCAAUUACAUUUGUUCCUCCGUGAUUCACUCAUCUUCUACCACCAACACCCUGACACCCUGAAACUUGCCUCUAUCCGUGCCUUCUUGUUGGGUCUUGAUAGCGGUGUCAAUCAAACACGCAAAGAGAUACGCUGGGUGCUCCUCGUCCCAUCCCAGGGCGGCAAGGUUUGUUGCUUCAACGUAGCGUCUCGAGACGGCGUUGAUGAUGUCGCCUGGUCGAUCUUCGUCGGCGUCACGCUUCCGGAUAUCGUUCAUUUUAACACUCUGCCUUCUGCACUGCUUGCACCGCCCGGCGCACUCAUCUACCAAGUACAGCACCUCGAGAUCUUUCUGGAUUGUGCACGCAAAAAAGGCAAUCUCUUCAAGACCCAACUCGCCGUACAAGCCCGUCGCCCAUGUUUCGCCAACAUCGAUGGCUACCUUCUUCGCAUUUCGCAGGGCUGA